ACAUUUAAAGGGAUGGAGUAUGAGCAGAUCCUAGAAAUGAAUCUCUGAAAAACACUGUUUUCUCAUCCCAGCCAAGCUUUGGAAAGCUAUGUUUCUCACCUUUAUCUUUGUGGCUUUCCUGGUGUCGGUACCAGAUGUCUUCUCUCACUACCAAUUCAACUCACAAUCACUCAACAGACAGUGUGACCCCCUCCGAUGUAAAAUACUCAAGCGAUAUCAGUGCCGGGAUGGUGAGGAGGAGUGUGGAGGCUGCAUUGUGGGAUAUCUUGCCAAUGAUCGAGGGAAAUGUGUGAGAUCAGAAAAUCUGAGGGCAGCCUUGGCAGGUUUCGAAGCAAUCAAAAGAGAAAAAUUUGGCGCCAGCAGUGAUGAUAGUGUAAUAGAUAAUUUGGCUCUUCGUAAUGACUUGGGGAAGGCACCAGAUGUGAAGGCAGAUGUUAAAGCACCGGACCCAAAUGCUGCGACACCGACUGCCACAAAAACAACAAACAAACCUGACGGCAAACCUCAACACCAAGCAGUACAGCAGCACCCUGGGGGGAAUGAUGCUGGGUCGGGUGUCGGAGCAGGCGCUGGAAGCCAUGCUGGAAUGGCUGCUGGGACUUUAGCUUUAAUCAUGGCAGGUUGUGGUGCCGCUGGUCUAGUCGGCCUUAUUGCAGCAGGAGUGUGUUGGUAUAAAUUAGAGAAAAAUGUAAAGGAUUCAAGCGAGGUGGACUAUCCAGCAUAUGGCGUCACCGGGCCACAAACGAAGGACCGGGUGGGGUCACCGACUGAUCGUAAACUUGCCCAGAGCGUACAGAUGUAUCAUUAUCAGCAUCAGAAACAGCAGAUGAUCGCAUUAGAGAAAGCGAAUGGUGAGAUGAAGCAUGAUGCUUCAGAUGAAGACUCAGAGGAGGAGAACGAAGAGGGAGAUUAUACUGUUUACGAGUGCCCAGGAUUGGCACCGACUGGCGAAAUGGAGGUCAAGAAUCCAUUAUUUAGUGAGGAGGCGCCAGCGAGUCCUGGGCCUGACAAGAAAGAUGGCGGCUCCGCUUCUUAAUUCUUCGGCAUUUGAUGUCACAACUAUACGGAAGGCAAUCUCUGUGGCUCUUAUCUUGAUGCGAGAAAAUCACUCGCUGUGUUUUGCGGGUAAUACAAACUCGCCGUGUGGUAGUCCUAUUUAUAAAUUGUGAUGUUACGUAUGAAAUCGCCAUUCAGUAAUAGAAAACGUUUGAGGGAAAGUCUUGCAAAUAUUAGCAGAAAAACGUUAAGUUGAAAGAUAAGACAGAGUAUGACUAAAGUUAUACUUUGACAUGAUCAUUUUUUUCGGAGAGGACUAAAAAGUGAAAAUUUAUUUUGAAAAGUAGUCUUUGAUUACAAAGAUGUGGCUAAAAAUGAAAAUUGAAAACAGACAUUGUUAUUGUAUGGGAAACUAAUUAAAGACCGCUGAAAGUUUAAAGACAGCUGCCAUUGAUGAUUGCUUGGUUAUGAUGAUGCAGUUUUAAGAUUUCAUGAUGCCAAUGAUGAUGAAACGCAGUUAUGAGACUUUCCCUUGAAUGGUUCAUUUGAAAUAAAUAUAUAAUAAUCUUGGAUGGUGUGUUAGUAUAAAUUACCAUCGAAAAUAUCAUUCCGUUAAUAUUGUAUCACAAGAGUAGGUCUUUCACAUUCACUUCAUUCCAUCUCUAAACAUCACCAAAUAGAAGGUUUUGACUUAUGUAUACCUCAUGUUUUAGCUCUUGUCUUGUUCGAAACCAUUAUUUUUUACAUUCUGUAUAAAUAAAUGUAACUGAAAGCUGAAAUGGCUUUUCAUAAAAACAGGAAAGGUUUGUGACAAAAUUUGAAAAGUUUCCUUGCACUUUUUUUUUGUGAUUUUUGACAAAGCAACAUUUUGGCAUCGGUCAUUUGAAGUUUUCUGGCAUAUGUUUUAGCAUGCUACCUCAGUUGAUUUGAUAAAGAUUUUUAUGUUUUUAUGCACGUGCUAAUGGCAGUUGAACAAGACAAAGCCAUCGUUCAGGUUCGGAUGUUAUUGAGCUGGUCUAGCUUGUAUGAACUGUUCAAAAAAAUUUGCCACCUAGCAACUUCUUAUCUAGUUUCAAUGUUGUAAUGCAUUACACGUCAAGAGAUGUGUGGAUUGCAUUGUCAAAAUCUUAAAUGUGAAAAUUGUUUAGUUCAAACUGAUACCAUAGUAAUUGAUAUGGUAGCAACAUAAUCAACACACAUUUCGUUGUAUACAGGCCUAAAUUUUUACCAGGAAUACAGAUCUACUGCUGGUAUUUUGUUUAUGUGUACAAGCUAGCUGGAUCAGUCACAUUCACAUCAUGAACAACUUCAUCAAGUAGUUAAUGACCUAAUCAGUUGUAAUUAAGUAAACAAGUCGUUUGUACAUAGUGUUCUGUAUAUAGAUAUUUUACGCUUUUGUGCUUGUAACUACAAUGCUUCGAAGGCAUUUUUAGACAGGGAAAUGCUUUUGCCAAUUUUGGCUCUUUGUGGACUGAGGGUAAGUUUAGAGAUAACUUUGGAAAAUCCAUGAAAUGUUCAAAAUAUAGUUGUUUUUCCCUAUAGGGUUGGCUAAUAUUCCGGUGGUAAACAAAUAUUUGGAAUUAAAUUAAGGUAAACCCUACAUUAUAGAUAAAAGCUAAGAAACAGUAGCAUUUUCUGAAUCAAUACAUGCAUGAUAGGACUCAAAUUUGUGUUUGAAAUUUACAUGAUAUAUUGCCCUCGGUCCUCAAAAAUUUUCCUCGAGUAGGAUUCCCCUACGCCAUUUAGUCAGGAGUUCUUUCUCAAUCCUGGGAAAUAUUUUAUGGUCAUGUGGUCUGACCUUGUUUCUAUGGUUCCAGCUACUCCUUCUUUCUUUUCCCUGUAUGAAGAAAGAUGGAAUGUUGCAACCCUGGGAGCAAGGUUGGUCUGACAAUGUCUGGUUUCAAACCUCAUCUACAGGAAUAAUCAAUUCCUGCGCUGAAGUUGAACUUAAUUGGAAAAUAAAUCGGCGUUUGUUGAGCGCCUUCCACUCGACCUUGAUUUCUAUGUGCACUAGAGCAGAAUUCUAUUGGUCUGCCCAGGUACAAUGAAGUCACAGUUUUAUGUAUCUCUAUAUUAUUGUCUCCACACCAAAAUAAAUUCCACUCUUUUGCUAAAAUUUCCUGCCACUUUCUCACCAAUUUCUGAAAUCUUCAUAACUCAAAAAAUCGGUGAAUGUUUCAUAGCAGGCUCUAAUACGAUCCCAUUUGUGAAUGUUUCUUCAUAAAAUUUGUACUCUUAUACAAAAUCCCCAUAAAACCUUUGGGAAAAUAUGUGUUUUUGCAUUGUGAUAAUGGUCUCUUCUCAAAAGUUUAGGCAUUGCAUUCAUUUGAACCACUCUGCUGAAUCUGUAGAAUUUGAUCUUUGGCAUGAUAUUUCCUAUGUGUCAAGGACCUGUUCAACCUUUUCUGAAGGUUUUAGUUUGUUUUGCCCAUGGUAGAUAGAGGUCGUCAAUAUUUCCGCAAAAUCUUUGGCGAUUCCUGGCAACUCCGUCACCAAUUUCACAAAAGUGCCAUGCAAAUGAGCGAUACUAGGUGUGGUCAGCGCUGGUACUUUCGACCUGUGAUUAAUAUCAAGUUCAGUAAUUGCCUGUUUGCCUGAAGAUGAUAGGUCUUUUUGUCACAGUUAGCAGUGAUUAUAAUUGCUCGUUGCAAAGAUUAAAAUCGCUCAUUUGCAGGUUCUUAAAUCUCAUUUAUCUCAUUCUGUCAUUGGUUCAUUUGCGAUCUGCCUGUGCUCCAUGGAUAAAAGUAAAACUUAUGUAUCUAUAAUCUUCUGUUGUGACCGGUAUUUAUACAAAAAAAUAUGUGUCCUCCUCAUCCUGUCUUGACCCUCUGUGUGUGUGACCUUGUCUAAUAUGUUGUUCGUUCCCAGAUUUACUGUACCAUAUACAUAUUCACUAAUAUACAUUUACACUGAUAUGCUAAGAAUGUGAAUGUGGGUUGGGGCGCGCAUUGGCUAUAUUGAAAGAACUCUCAUUGAACCCACAAUAGUGCAAAUAGUAACUAUACAGAUGCAGCACUUCACUCAGCUUGUAGUGCAUUCGUUGCUUUAUCCACUGAAAGAUUACGCAUAGAUUUAAAGGAUUUAUACCACUUGGAAAUUUGCGUCUGGGUUUUGGAAGGGCCCAAUCGCUAUCGCACGAAUGAGGUUGAGCCAAUGCAUGACCCAAUCUAUAUGCCAUACGAACAUUAACAUUUUAAAUGUAAAACGUUUUUGGAUUCUCAGAGAAAAGAAAAGUUAACUGCUUGUCCAGAAAAUUGUUUGGAUGUAGUUAACACCUGAUUUCUGGUACAGUCCUGUGAACCCCUGUCAGUCAGAACAGCCUCUACUUUCCUGAUAGGAAGGUUAAUUGGGCAUGACCUACAUUUUGGUCAGGCAAGGGGUGUAAGGUGUGAAAUACCCGUGAAAUGACUUGGUUGUGACCGUCUGUAUGGGACCAUGUGAGGACCGUUUGUGAAUCAUGUACUUAAUGUAUGUUCGUCCAAAGUCAUAAGCGUACAAUGUACCAAUAUAAAAACAAGAUGGGGCAAAUGUCAUUCUGAGAUCUUUCUCUCAAAUAGCUAUAAAUUUUUAUUCUGAUUUGUAUCAAAAUUUAUAAACUAUGGUAUUCUGAAAAUUUGUCUCUCUCUUUGUCAGAAAAGGAAGAUGUAUUUUGGCUUAUGUAGGAAACAGAUGGGAUAGUUAAUGCUUAAUUAUCCUGAGUAUUUAUGAUAUAGAUUAUGUUUGAAGUUCCUUUUUGAGAGGGAAAAGGGCAAAAUCAUCUUAAGAAAAAAACUCUAAUUGAAUUAUGAUUUACGAAAAAAAAAUUUCCACGGAUGCCUGGAUUGUUGUCCACUAUCAGUGGGCAUUGAACUUUUUGGAAAUUUGUUCCCAAAAAAUAUAACAAAUGUUUUCUGUGAUUUGUGGCGAGUAGCGGUGACUAUUGUGAUCAUUGUGCAAUUAUUGUGAUUAAUUAACAUACUUAAUUAUCAUCACAAUUAUAAUUAGGUUAAUUUUGAAUCUGCUGUGAGGUAGGAUGACUGUUUUAUACUUGGUGUCUCAGAAAAAAAGCCUAUAAUGUUUUAAUUCUUUCCAUAUUUUACUUCUUUCUGUGACAUUUGGCAAGUGUUUUGAUAUUUGACUAAUUUGUGUGUAAAUUCGAAUUUUGUAGAAUCUUAUAUACCAUAUUUUCUCCUUAAACACAAAUUAUAUCUUUUCCAAUGCUGUUCAACUUGGAAUCUAAAAAUGUAUACUGAUGUUGCUCCAAAGCAAAUACAAUAGUGGAAUCACUUUUUCGGAAAAUAUUUUGGUAAACCUUACAAGUAAUUACCAUCAUCCUAUCUGAGAGCAGAUUCAUGCAUAUUAGAAUGACAGAAAUUGCCAUUCAAUUGUUGUUGUUUGUUUACUAGAUUGCAUCGUGUCCACGGCUUUUUAAGUGUGACCUACCCACUUGCGAUGGAAGCCUGGAAUGUUUGGUCAGUUUACUGACAAUUUUAAGGGCAUACUUCAGCGUUGUGGACAUGAUGGUAUCGUUGGGGCAGAAAUCUUGGGCAUUGAGUUCCUGUUUUAGCCUUUACACCUUGAACUAUCAAAUUGAACGAUUCAAUAUUGUUCUAAUGUGGUUUAAAUGGGCUUCAGGGUGUCUAAGGGAUGAGUUGCUCAUGAAGCCAACUCAAGGGAUUCACUGCCACCAGAUUUUUCCGACCAAACUUUUUGUUUCAUAUGCUGGUGAGCAUCACUGCCUGAUAGAAUAGUGAAGCUCAUGGUGAUCUGAGUCAGAUCACGUUGGGUUAGAGCAAAAUUAUAUCUUUUCAGGGUAGAACCAAGGGUAUUUCAUGAAAAAUGUGUCGUGUAUCAAAUAUCAUGAUAAAGUGUAGAAAAAACCUCAGUUUCAUGGGGGGCGACCCUACCCUUGGUCAGGGUCUGUGGGUUAAUAAGUAAACUGAUGACAUGUAAAUAUAAACAAAUAUAUAAACUAAUGUGAGAAAGCUGCCAAAGAAACCAAGUUGCUUUGCUUUUGAAAUGAGGAUGAUAUGAAUUUUUGUUUCGGAUAUUUAUUGUGGUUACUGGCAGAUAUCAGAAAGCAAUUGAAAUCUACUUAAAAUUUUGUUAUUAUAAAUAUCAUGUACUCAGACUGCAUGCACUUUUAAAAGUACAUAAUGUACAGAAGCUGCAUAUGAAAUUUUGCUUUAAUAUUUUUCAAGAAAUAUGAAUAUUUGCCUCUGUGAAGCUGAAAUUUGGAUCGGUAUACAUUUGUACCGAGUGUAAUAAAGCGUACUGGUGAUUCCAGAAAAUAUCAGUUCAAAUAUGCGAUCAGAGAACUGAUAGAACUUACUUUUGGUGGUUGAACAAUAUUCAUACCUCUGUUGAAAAAGACAGGUUAUUACAGUUACUAACUGGGAUAUGAUAUUGGAUACAGUAUUCAAUGUAUAUAGCGACCAAUAAAGGGAGAGAAAAUAUUUCUUUUGUGCCCGGGUAGGCCUCUAUUGAACGAAUCUGACAAAAGAUGGGCUAUAUUUAAUUUAAAAUUAAGCGAAUCGCUUUUUACUGGGCGACCUCAGACCUUUUUUGGAAUCUCCAAACUCAAAGUUUGAGAGAAUAUAUGCUUUAGUCAGCAGAUUCAGAGAUAAUGUCCAAGAAAGAUUGGAAUUUUCUAGUCAUGGUAAAAUGUUCGUGCUAUGAUAAUGUACGCAUCAACAUAUGAAAUAAAGAGUACGGUUCAGUGUAGUUUAUAA